AUGGCCGAGGGUUUCGACACAAAUCGCUUUCAGUCCACUAUAGACACGAGCUUUACCUGUCCUAUCUGCUUUGGUGUUUUAAAAGAUCCAAUGCAAUGUGAGAACAACGAACAUUAUUUCUGUUCUGGUUGUAUCAAGAAGCAUCUGGAGAAGACCUCGCAUAGUUGUCCUGUCUGUCGAGAGAAACUGACGGCAGAGACACUGCGUAAGGCACCGAGACUUAUUGCAGAUGUCAUUUCACGUUUGAAGAUCAGUUGCGAUCAUGCAGCGAGAGGUUGUGAUGCAGUUCUUGAGCUUGAGGCUUUACAAGCACACGUUCAGGACUGUGAUUUCAUGCCUGUCACUUGUUCGAAUGACGGUUGUGAUGAAGUCGUGAAUAAACGCGAUGUAAAGCAUCAUGAGCGCGAGUUGUGUCGCUUCAAGACAACGACCUGUGACGACUGUAGGGAAAGGAUGCCUCAUAACAAAUAUGGCGCACACGGCUGUGUAUUACGACGUGAUGUAGAUGAAGUGAAGGAGGAUCUGGCAGAAGUGAAAGCCACGCAACAUGAAAUGAAAGAAAGCAUACAACGAAUGACAAUCGCGAUGGAAAAUAUUGAGAAGUCGUGCCGGAAUGUAAGCAACGUGGUUAACUCCUUGGGCAGUUAUAUAAGCAGUGAUAUCGUUGUCAUCGCGGGUUUGUCUUCCAAACCAGAUGAAGCCCUUUCUUGCGUGGAGCAGUUCAACUUGUUCAAACAAACCUGGACACCACUGGCGGAGUUGAAAAAAGCUCGAUGUGCUCAUGCAGCUGUUUUGUUUGAGAAUCAAAUAUUAGUUUGUGGUGGAAGCCCUGGCAUUUCCCCAAGUGAUUCUGACUCCAUCGAUAGCAUAGAAGUAUUGGAUCUGAGAGGUUAUACCGCAGAAUGGAAGGAAUUCUCUGUGAAUCUUCCUAUCAAAGUUGCUGGUCACAAAUGCGUUGUGUAUGGAAAUCGUUUGCUGAUUAUUGGUGGUUCUACGAAUAUGAACAAUGAUGAUGCUUGUAUUGAUACGAUAUACGACCUGCUCCUUGUCCCUCCUUAUUCAUCGAAGUUGCUUUGUCACAUGAAGAAGAAACGAGCGUUCCAUGGAGUGGAAUUGUUCGAUGACAAGGUUUUGAUCGCUGGUGGACACGUAGCGGAGACUGAGGUGGAAAUAUUCGACAUCACAAGGAAUGAAUGUGUAGAAAUGCCACCACUGCCAUCUCCUGUUUGGGGUAUGGCGACAGUUCGCCGAGAUGACACCAUGCUUUUGAUUGGAGGAAUGGACGACAUAGGAAAUGUUAGCAAUCAGAUUAUCGAGUAUAAUUUUAAAACUGGACAGAGUAAGGUUGAUUUGGUCAUGAAAACAGAACGAGUGGGCUGUGCUGCUUUCAAUCAUGGAAAUACGCUUAUAGCAAUUGGUGGUGCGAAAAAGGUACCGUUUGAUGACGAUGACGUUUUUGAUGCAGUGGAUUGUUUUAAAUUUUCAUUACGUUCAUGGAAGAAAUUAUCUCCAAUGCUUAAGGCAAGGUGUUUUGCUUCUGGAGUUAUUGUGAAAAACGACAAUUUUGAAAUUUGACAAUUGAAUAUUGAAAUACAAAGGUCUGUUUCAAAUAUAGAACUUUUCGUGUGCCAAAUCUUAUAAAUUAUCUGCCAAACCUUUUGUGAGCCAAUGACUUUAAAUCCAUUUGAAUUCGGCACAUGUAAAGUUCGACAUUUGAGGCAGCUCUAAUAGUACAUUUAAUAUAUAAUAAUAAAUUCGAAUGGACAGGAAUAUAAAACUGUGUGUACAGAACAGCACGUGAACAAUAAUCAUUAAUUGCUUCAUUUUAAUUUGUUAGAGAGAUUUAGCUUUUUCCAUUAUGUAACCAAUAUAAUUUGUAAACGAAAGAGUGCUCAGUAAAAUUAUUUGAAUCUGUUGCAUGCUUGGUUGUGUCUGUGCAGAGGCAUGCAUGGUCAAUUAAUAUAAAAAUGAAAACUGACAGGACCAUGCAGAAGCUGCCAGUUGUGUAAAUUUAUUUUAAAAUGAAUAAAUUGUUAUUGACACUGCAUAUAUAAGAUAUAUUUGAAAGAAGAAAAACGUUUUCAAUCUGUAAGCGCAAAAUUUAGCAUAAACAGCUUGAGUGAAGAAAGGAAUGCAGGCGCUGAAUGUUUCAAAGCCCACAUUUUGACCACAAUUAUUUAUUGAAACAGCUCGCAAUCUAGAAAUGUGUCGGCACUGAGCAACCUGAAGAUUCCAAUUUCCUUCGUUGGAUGACACGACUAGCUACUGUAGUGGCAAUCUACUCAAUCUUGCAUGAGGUACGCAAAGCACUCAGAGUAGUCGUGCAAAAAUUAUAUAUAUAUAUAUAUAUAUAUAUAUAUAUAUAUAUAUAUAUAUAUAUAUAUAUAUAUAUAUAUAUAUAUAUAUAUAUAUAUAUAUAUAUGCAUGCCGAUUAGUCUUCUCAUCCAAUUUUUUUCCCUAAAUUGAACCAAAGUUUGAUCGAUUUGUCCUUAGACUCAGAUUCUUACUAGAUUAUGAUAACAGGCAGAGGUUUCGAUUCGGUCACGUGCCCCUAAAUAUAUCUAAGCCCAUCACUAUAUAUAGCAAUUCAGCAUUAAAUAAAGAGGUAAUUACCGGUUAAAGUAACCGGUUUUCACAAUAAUAACGUCAUUCUCAUCAAAUAACUCGUCUCAAAACAGGAACACGGGACUCAGGUCAUGCAAGGUUUUGCUGACGUCAUCUACUAAAUGGGAAACUGAGGUGCAAUGUGAAAGAAAAACAAAUGUGUUGCACGUCUACGCAAAAUACAUGCGCGUGCAUCAAAGCUUUUGUUUCCCUAUAUAUAGGUCAUACAGACAGACAAGCAAACAAAUAGACAGCAUGUACGGUGAUUUUAUUCGAGAUUAAAAAAUUCAAGUGCUAUAUGCAGCUCGGUUAAGUGUUCCCAGAUGCAUCGCCUGUUUUCGGCUCGUUUGAGUACGCCAUUCCUUCGUGUUUAAAUAGGGUUAAAUGUGUUUACUUAGCUAAAUUCAUCCGGAUAAUUUCUACAUUCAUCCGGCUGGGAUGAGCUGGGUGGAUAUUCUUAACGCGGCCGGGGGUGUGAUAUAUAUGCUCUUGCAUGGUUUGAACUGUCUGGUGUGACUCUGGUAUUUAUACGCUCGCUAUAAACGAGUGCGCGCGAAAGUUUCGCACGCAAUCACCUACAAUCACAAGAAAGGGUAAGUGCUGAAUUAAUACAUUCAAACCUCUAGUGUGUCUGCUUGAUGAGAAGGUCUCUGUACUUCAAUACGGGAGAUAAUUUGCUGUUAUUUUAUCAACGUUGGGCCUUCAGAAAUGUGUCCGCUUAAAGUUGAGUUGGCUGCUUAAGUAAGAGAGCUAGCGUCCGUUAAUAGAACAGUUAGACUCUAGUGUACUACUUUCAAAUACUAUAUAGUGUUUGUAUUUUAUAUAUAGCGUUUUAGUCCUGCGCCUAGUGUAAAUAUUUUUUAUAUGUGUUUAUUUUAGAAUAGAAGUAUACAAUAUAGACGCAAUCAAAAGAAAGAAAGAAAGAAAGAAAGAAACUAUUUUCUAGACUCAAGAUAUCAAUUUGGUGAGUAGUGGUGUUUCGCCAUUUCAAAUUCAGUAUACUGGGGUAGGACAAGUACAUACAACGUAUAUUGCUGCUAUUUAUUUGUAGUAUAAUUAACAUGUCAGUACGUUUGGCGCGCAUGUAACAGUAGCUAUUUGUAUUUGUUUUUAUAAAUAAAGGUCCUAAAGGCCAGUAAAGUCAAACUGAGUCCUUUUAAAACAAUCAUACUAUGGAGCACGCUUUCUGAUAGUAAGAACGGGAAGACGCGUUCUAGAAUAGUCGGGAAAAACAGAAAAUCCAACUGACGUUUUUCAGUCAAUUUUUAGUGCUCUAGAAUUUGAACUGCAUUUCCGACCUUUCUCUAGAAACUUCUGUAUUCCAUUUGCCCAUUUUAUAAAAUCAUAAUUAUAGUUUUUUAAAUAUUGACUUUAAAUAAUCUCUUUCUAUAUUCAUUCAGUAGUAGUAACGUAUUUGCAAUAACAGCAACAACAACGUACAACAGCUGCAACUGCAACAUUAUGUAACAUUUAGCCUGCGAGCAGGCCCUCCUGGGUUACGGGCUAUGUAACAUUAUAAAACAGCAUUUGUAAAUUCUGAACGCUGAUUGGCUACUGAAGAGCCGUGUUGAUACAACUAAUGUCAACACGGAAAAUUUCUUUCUUUGUAUUUCUAUAUUAUAAAAAAUAUAAAACAUUUUUCCCUAUUGAUAUGCAGUUAUAUCAACAUUCGUGGAAAUUGGGAAAACUCGAAAUUGUGCGAAAACACUCCGCCCUCCGGCUCCGGGAGUCGUGUUUCCACACAAUUUCUCGUUUUCCCAAUUUCCACUCGUGUUGAUAUAACUGUAUAUCAACAUAGAAAAUGUUUUAUAUUUGUUGUAAAAUUAUCAACACGGAAAAUGUUUUAUAUUUGUUAAGUAUAAUACAAUCAGCAACGGAAACAAUGAAGGCAUCGAGCAUAGUAGCAUUUAGCUGAAAGACUGAACAUGUAACAUUGCAAGUAACAAGUAUAGUUAAAUGUAUCUCAGUUCUAACUUCUCAAAUUUUCUUACAUUCAACGUUAAGUUGUUUUUCGGAUAUAGGUUUAUAAAAUAUGAAAAACCAAAACUUAACAUCGCGGGGAUGGUGUUAAUCCCCUCCCACACGACUCUGACCUGAGGCUCGUUUCGCAAAGGAUGAAUGGAACGACGAAACUCGGAAGGGAAUUAAAUUUACAAGAUUUCGCCUGUGCGUUCGUGAGGGAAGACAUGCAUGAAACCGCGGUCUAAUCAGACAGCACAAUUAUUAUAACUGGCCGUAGGAAUUCUCUUGCUCUUCCGAAUUCGUUCACAGGCUCGUGUGAACGUCGUUUCAGCGUUUCUUUUGGACGCAAGUUUAUGAGCAAAUCACUCAAUGUUUUGAGUAAAGAUUUACUUUACUAAAACAAGUGCGUAAAUUUGAUCACAAAUUUGUAUUAUAUGAGUCUAGCUAAAUCUAUAUAAAUCUAUAUAAAUCUGACGAGUCUGAGCAGCCGAGAUACGGCAAUCUUGGCCGGCUGCAUAACCUUGAAACCAUUCCUAUUUUCAGGCGCCAAUUUUCCAAAGUUAAUGCACAUUGACAAAACAAAUUUCACCACCCCUUCUCCUCCAGUUCAAUGUUGUAAACAACGUCCAAACAACUUUCGGUAAUUUACCUCGCCUGUGUAGCAGCCUGGGUUUUUUUUUUUUGGGGGGGGGGGGGGACUUGCGGUAGAACGGCUGUUACACAGGCAGUAAUGUACCACCAUGACAUAAGCUCAUCAUUGAGCUGGUGAAAGGGGGGGGGGCUAAGAAGCGCAACAUGAUUUAACAUGGAAUUAAUCAUAGGGUAGGCGAAAUUUGUAUACAGAGAAAGGUAAGUCUCAACCACUUAUGCCCAAUAUUGUAGCGCCCUUCAAAUUUCGCACAGGACGGCUGAGCAAACUCCUGGCAAACUCGACCGAGGUUCGCGAUAAUUCUCAUCGGUAUAGAUUAACUCGGUAGGAUUUCGCCUUACCUCCCAGAGUAGUAUUUGUUUCUGCACAACUUUUUGGCCCGCGUGUCUCUUUGUUGCUUAUGCUUAUAUCGUAAUCCAAUUAACUAUUAAAAUCUCCUCAGAAAAGCUUUCAAAAUAAACGGCGUGCAUGUGAGUUAUAAAUAAACGUGUUGAAUUUUUUUCAAGUAUGUACACACAACUACACAAGCAAGACCGACGCACCUAGACAUUAAGCUUUCAGACGAAAAAAAUCUUCUAAAUAUUUAUAUUGUAUCGUGUUUAUGCCGUUUAUGUUUAAAAUAGUGGAGUAUGUUUAUUCAAGAUCCACUGUGGCUGCCUUUGUAUACCUGGUCUCCAGUAGAUUCGAAGGAUCGAAGUUGAUGCCUACCGCAUAGUUCGUCCUUCGGCUUCGUCCACUACGAAGGAAUUGAGCUUAAUUAACAGGAUCAUAGCUACUUGAACAAGAUUUUCAUUACUUGAGGUAGUGCAUUUUUGUAAUUGGAUUGACCUUGAAAGGUCUGAUUUUCUACAUCGAUUUUGCUAGCGGGCACAUCUUCACUGUAAUCUUCACUGUAAGCAGAUUCAGUUCCAAGCCAUAAGUACUUUAAGGUCUUUACAUGUGAUAUAAAGAGCUGGCUGAGCUGAUGGCAUGCAUGGUGGCUGUCUACGAUCUCGAUCUAAAGCGCAUGGACAAGGAGGUAGCCUCGAGGGAGGUAGCCUCGUGAGGGAGGUAGCCUCGCAUGGGCUAUUAUGGCCCGUUCGCUAUUUUCCCGUUUAGGAACUGCAUGUUUGUUGUAUUUGUACCUUAUUAAUGUAAUAUAUUAAGUUCCUAAUAAAGCUGUUAAAAAAAAAAAAAGGAAAUAUAUUGUUCUGUUAUGUCGUCUGUCUUAACCAAGAGAUCAUACGCAAAUUAAAAAAAUUAACUACACAAGUUCUUUAACUAAGUAUUGUAAAAUCCCCCGCAUAAUUAAGCCUGGUUUACAAUCACAGUUCACGGUUUAAAUAAGAAGAUAGUCAUGCAAGAAUUUUUUCAAUCUUUGAGAGCCUCAGAACAAAGGCUUCAGAACCGACGAAAUUCUACAGACAGUACUGAUAGUCCUCUCUCCUUCUGGAGUGUAUAAUUUGUCAUCCAUGCAGUCAGGGAUACUGAGAUCAUGCAGAGUCUGUCCACAACUUUGUUCAGUUGCGAGCUUCAUAAAUUGCUUUACAACAAAAUCGGGGAAUAAACCAUGUUGACCUGUCAUUGAAAGAAUGUCGAUAUAGUUGUAUAUAAGAAAAGUGAGUGUUUCUCACGGUUACUGCGGUUAUGGGAAAAAUACUGCGGUUUGCGGUUAGGUUUUGUGUUUUUUCUACUAAUAACUAAAGCCAUAAAUCAAAUGAGGAAGGCUUGUUUAGACAAACAACACAUAAAAAUGUUAAAAAUGUUAAGAAAUUAUCCAGAGUGUUUUAGACGAAGCACAGAUCGUGAGAACGUUCAUGUUUCUGUUUAUAAUGGUGUACAUCUAACAGCAUGAGGUGUCACUGUCAGACAUCUUUCUUGACCUAACCCUCUUACUGAAUGAUUCACACCAUGAACAUUAAAAAAGCCUUAUGUCUUAUGAACGUGUUAAACUAGAAACAUAAUUCUUAAAAAUUUUCCAAUAGUUAAACCUAGUCAUUGUAUUUAUUUCCAUCGCCACUGACACAGUCUGCUGUAAACGUAAAUCCAAUAAGCUCUCUAUUCAUCAGACUAUUGAUUCAUAUAAGCAACAGGUUAUAUGAAUUGCCAGUUUACUUAAACAACUUUACGUGACCGUAGGUUACAAAAAUAAAGGAGUGUACAUCAAUAGUUCGUCGAGACGUCGACGUUAGUAUGGUUUGCUACCAAUGAACGUGGUAAACAACGGAGUUGCUGAUAAAAGAUAGUAUACUUCUCGUGAAAAGCUUAUAUAAGAGUAUAUAUUGAUCCUUUUGGACGAUACAUUCAGUUAUAGAACUGAUAGAACUAUCCAGUCGAAAGGACAUUUUCUUAGUUCAGGUUUAUUCUGUAGAAAUCCUUGGACUAAGUAAAGAGCAAAUAUUUCUGGACCUCUGCAAAGAGAACAUUUUCGAACUAUUGGAGGUAUCCAGUACAAACAAAAGAAAGCUUUUGAGUUUAAAUAAUUGUGCGUUCUUAGCAAAACAAUGACAAUUUAAUGUAACAUUUUCAUUUCUUGUAGAUGAUGGCAUCCGUGACAUUUAUAUCGUCAAUUCUUCUUGCCUUCACCAUCUUUUCUGCUGCCAUUUUGAGCAGAAGCUCCGGCCGAGCAUGCAAAACGAGAUGGAGGAACGAAACCCUGGACAUAACAGACACAAAUCCAGCCUGUCAGCCACAGACAGUCACAAUGUAUAG